AUGAGACAGCACUGUAGACUCGUCAACUUUGCCGCCCAGUACAGCUUGGAGAAGCACUUGCAUGGAGACUCGAGCUUUGCACAACCGGAUGGACAGCGAUCCCUUCGGGCAUACGCCGCCCCAGGUCUCUACGCGCCAGUUCUUCACAAUAGCGCAGAGCCCGACGACUCUCUGCGCGCCAUAAUCCACCGCCUGAUGGAGCCGCCGAAAUACCUCUACUCCGAGGAGGUGCCGCUAGGUCGCCACCUGAGUCUGCGCCAGGACGACGAGCUGAGGGCAAGAGGUGUAGAGCGGGGUCUCAGCCAAGAGUUGGACUUGACAGAAGCCACUAAGCCAUCACUGCUUCUACAGUGGCAGCUCUUCGAUCGCACUGUAGUCUCCAGAUCGACCCAGGCUAACACCUCACAGCGCCUCCCCCGUUUACUGCGACUCCUCGCCAGCACCCUCCUCACCCUCGCUCGCCUCGUCGAGUGUGUCCGCGGCUUCUUCGGCAGCCUCAUUGACACUCUCUUCUCGCCCUGGCGAUCUGAGGCACCCUCCCCUGUUCUCCAGGUCGCCUCGUCCACGACUUCGCCUUUCUCCGCGCCGGUUGGCCCGGCUCCUUCUUCGCCCUCUCCGCCCUAUUCUCUGCCGCCAACUCCUCCCUGUCCGCAGCUCAUCCUCAUAUCCGCCCCAUCAAUGCCCUCCAUGGGUGGGUCGGCGAACUGGCCCUCGACGAUGGCGACGACUGCGCCAAUCGACAUUCCCCCGUCGAUGCCCCGUGGUAGACCCUGGAGAAUGGGUGACUACGAUGGUUAG